UUGUUUACCUUUUAGUAUUCUCCUCUGACUUUGACACGUACGUAAUUGGUUAAUAAUGUUACCGUUUUAUGGCUGUUUAUAAAGAAUAAUUUUUUUCAUUUAUUGUUAAUGUAAAACAAAUCUUUUAAUUUAAAAACUAUGAUUCGAAAAAGAAAUAUAAGUUUUAAGGCUGUGAAAGAAUUAGAUGCAUUCCCUAAAAUAGCCGAAGAUUACAGAAAGCAGUCAGUUGUUGGUGGUACAUUUUCCAUAGCGAGUGUCUGUAUCAUAGUUUAUCUGAUAUAUUCAGAGACAGCCUACUUCUUGGAUAGUAAACUGCUAUUCAAAUUUGAACCGGACACUGACUAUGAUAACCGAUUGCAAAUGAAUAUAGAUUUAACUAUCGCAAUGCCAUGUAGUCGUGUUGGUGCUGAUGUUCUGGAUUCUACAAAUCAAAAUUUAAUUACUAGAGACACCCUUAAAGAAGAAGACACAUGGUGGAAUUUGACACCAGAUCAGCGAGCUCACUUUGAAGCUCUUAAACACAUGAAUUCUUAUCUUAGAGAAGAAUAUCAUGCAGUCCAUGAACUUUUAUGGAAGUCUAACCGACCGACUUUUUACAGUGAAAUGCCAAAGAGACAUGACAUACCAAGUUAUGCACCAAAUGCAUGCCGUAUUUAUGGGAGCUUAGAUAUAAAUAAGGUGGCAGGAAACUUCCACGUUACUUCUGGCAAGUCACUCAAUCUUCCCAGAGGUCAUAUUCAUAUUUCUGCAUUUCUAUCUGACCAUGAUUAUAAUUUUACACAUAGAAUAAACCGUUUCUCUUUUGGCAAGCCUAGUCCAGGAAUAGUUCAUCCAUUAGAAGGUGAUGAAAAAAUUACCAAUGACAAUAUGAUGUUAUUUCAAUAUUUUAUUGAAGUUGUCUCUACUGAUAUAAAUAUGCUGAUGCACAAGUCAAAAACCUAUCAGUACAGUGUCAAAGACUAUCAGAGACCUAUUAAUCACGAUAAAGGUUCUCAUGGUAUACCUGGUAUAUUCUUCAAGUACGAUACUAGUGCAUUAAAAAUUAAGGUCACACAGGAACGAGAGUCCAUAGGUCAAUUUCUUGUAAAAUUAUGUGCUACUGUAGGUUGCAUAUUUGUAACCAAUGGUAUACUUAACAACUUUGUACAAAUCAUAUGGCACGUAAUUUGUUGUAAAUUUUUAAACAGCGAAGAAAAAAAGUUUUAUGAAAAAAUAAGCAUAGACAAUAAUGCAAAAAAUGUUGUUAGUCCACCAAAUUCGAUAAAUGUCACUACUCAAGGAAAUAUUGGCAGUGGAAGUAAUCUUACAAAACCGUAAUGUAAAAAAAAA